AUGAAGUGUUUCCCAAUUAUUUUAUUGCUCGGUGUAAUCGGCUAUAUGCUGAAUAGUGUAUACUACACAUGGUUGCCAACAAAUUAUAUCUUUGAUCCAAAGACAUUGAACCAAAUUUGUAAUACUGUGAUUGCUAAACAUAACGCUACUACCAAUGAAGACACUUUCUCUACCGAUGCCUUAUUAAGCGACAUCAGAGACGCUUUGGCCUCCCAUUAUGGUGAAGAAUAUAUUAACAAAUAUGUUGCUGAAGACUGGGUAUUCAACAAUGCAGGUGGUGCAAUGGGUCAAAUGAUCAUCCUACACGCCUCCAUUUCUGAAUACGUUAUCUUCUUCGGUACUGCUGUCGGUACAGAAGGUCACACUGGUGUUCAUUUCGCUGACGAUUACUUCACUAUCUUACACGGUGAGCAACAUGCGGCUUUACCUCAUGCUUUGACACCUGAAGUUUAUAGUGCAGGGAUGACCCAUCAUUUGGCUAAAGGAUGGGCUAAACAAUAUGCUAUGCCAAGUGGUUCUUUUGCUUUGGAAUUGGCUCAAGGUUGGAUCCCAUGCAUGCUACCAUUCGGUUUCUUAGAUACUUUUUCAAGUACCUUGGAUCUAUAUACUUUAGGUAAGACAGUUUAUUUGACUGCUAAGGAUAUGGGUAAGAAUUUGAUACAAAAUGGGAAAUUUUAA